CUUUAGGUCCACAGAGUCAUCACCCUCACAGGCCCAGCAGCAGCAGUCCAUCAUAAGACUGACCUGGGCAGCAGGCCACCAUAAGUUAACUGUGCAUCCGAGACCAAACUUAGUAACUUCCAAAGUCACAAGAGUUGUAUUAAGAACAUGUUCCAAACCCAUUUCAGAGAAUACCAGUGCACACAUCCAUAUGAAACAGUUUUCAUUGAGACGCAAUGGUGGACCAGUUUCAAGGAACAUGGAAAUCGGUUUCUUGUGAAAAUUUUGAAAACUACAUGAAGGAAUUGGGAGUAGGAAGAGCCAGCAGGAAACUGGGCUGUCUGGCAAAGCCCACCGUGACCAUUAGCAGGGCCGGAGAUCUGAUCACCAUCAAAACCAGGAGCAUCUUCAAAAACAAGGAGAUGUCCUUCAAGCUGGGAGAGGAGUUUGAGGAAAUCACACCACGUGGCCGCAAAAGCAAGAGUACAGUAAUCUUAGAUAAUGACUCCUUGGUUCAAGUCCAGGACUGGGAUGGCAAGGAAGCCACGAUCCGCAGGAGGCUGGUGGAUGGGAAAAUGGUGGUGGAAAGUGCAGUAAAUAAUGUCACCUGCACACGAACAUACCAGAGAGUUUAGAACACUCCAGCUCAAGGCCUCGGUCCUCUCGGCUUGUCAUCCAAACUUAUGAUGUUGUUCCAAUAAAACUCCCAAGUAAAGUCUUCGGAUGCUUGCACAA